ACGGGCAGCGGGAAGACAACCUUUAUCAGCGAGUACGCGCUGGACCUGUGCACACAGGGGGUGUGCACGCUGUGGGGCAGCUUCGAGAUCAACAACGUCCGCCUGGCCAAGAUCAUGCUGACACAGUUCGCUGCCCAGCGCCUGGAGGACCAGCUGGAGCUGUACGAUGAGUGGGCUGACCGCUUUGAGGACCUCCCACUGUACUUCAUGACCUUCCAUGGCCAGCAGAACAUCAAGACGGUGAUUGACACCAUGCAGCACGCUGUCUACAUGUAUGACAUCACCCACGUGGUCAUCGACAACCUCCAGUUCAUGAUGGGACACGAGAACCUCUCUGUGGACAGACUUGCUGCCCAGGACUACGUUGUUGGUGCCUUCCGCAAGUUCGCCACGGACAACACCUGCCACAUCACGCUGGUCAUCCAUCCCCGCAAGGAGGAUGAUGAGAAGGAGCUGCAGACGGCCUCCAUCUUCGGUUCUGCCAAGGCUAGCCAGGAGGCCGACAACGUCCUCAUCCUGCAGGACCGUAAGCUGGUGACAGGGCCAGGGAAGCGCUACCUGCAGGUGUCCAAGAACCGCUUCGAUGGGGAUGUGGGUGUCUUCCCCCUGGAGUUCAGCAAGGCCUCGCUCACCUUCUCAUCCUCUGUCAGAAACAAGGCCAAGCUGAAGAAGAUGAAGGAGGAGAAGGCGGUUUCAGCCAAGAAAGCUCCGGAGGGAGGCUCGGGAGCCUCCAAGAAGCCAUGA